UGACGUCAUGUGCCCAGCUGAGCCUGCGGCCGGUUUGAGAAAAUUUGUUUUGGUUUGGGCAGUCUUUAGUACCGGUUGACGCUGGAGUGUUGUGAACUUUGAACUCUUACCCGGCAUUCACCGGCCUGUAGUAGUGUGGGUGACACAUACCCCUUACUCAAGCCUUAUUGCUGCCCAUGCCCAUUCGCUCUUAGUUCCAAGCCCAUUCAGUCAGGGACAGCUGUUGAAUGCAAUCUUAGAGUAUUGACACUGCCCGAUCAAAGUUCGCGAAUGGAACUUUGAUUGUUUCGAGCAAUCUGUCCGACAGUAAGGAGUCUCAUCCCUGUUCCUCACCACAAGCGAGCUGAAACCCUGCAGAAAAAUGUCACUUGCAGGUCGCACCUUGUUUAUAUCGGGGGCUACACGAGGUAUAGGAAAAGCUAUUGCAUUGAGAGCAGCAAAAGACGGAGCGAACAUAAUAAUUGCGGCCAAAUCUGCGCAGCCUCAUCCGAAACUCCCUGGGACCAUCUACACAGCAGCAGAAGAAGUUGUAGCUGCGGGUGGGAAAUGUCUUCCAUGUGUGGUGGAUGUACGAGAAGAGAAGCAAGUACAAGAUGCCGUGGAUGCAGCUGUUAAGACAUUUGGAGGGAUUGAUAUUGUUGUAAACAAUGCCAGUGCCAUACAGCUAACAGACACCUUAGCAACUGAUAUGAAAAGAUAUGAUUUGAUGCAGAGCAUCAAUGCCAGGGGAACAUUUUUGGUCUCUAAAUUGUGUAUACCACAUCUUAAAAAGAGCCCCAACCCACACAUUCUUAAUCUUAGCCCACCACUGAACAUGUCCAAGCAUUGGUUCAGACCUCAUGUUGCUUACACCAUUGCUAAGUAUGGAAUGUCAAUGUGUGCUUUAGGUAUGGCAGAAGAGUUUGCAGCUGAUGGUAUUGCUGUCAAUACGCUUUGGCCUAGGACGGUGAUUUUUACAGCAGCCAUUGAAAUGUUAACUGGCACAGAUUCAGCUCGCUAUGCUCGUAAGCCGGACAUUGUCUCAGAUGCUGCCUAUUUUAUUCUCACUAAGCCAUCUCGCUCAUGCACUGGAAAUUUCUUCGUUGAUGAAGAUGUUGUUAAGGCAGAGGGUGUAACUGAUCUGACCCACUAUGCCUGUGAUCCAAGCAAUGCGCAUGACCUGAUGCCUGACCCUUUCCUUGAUGAAGCUCCUGUAGACCAAGGGCAUUCAAAGUCUGCUGAAGUAGGAACUGCUCAGAUUGAAAAAGUUUUCAGCUCCAUUCAGAGGCAUAUUACACCAGAGGUUGUGAAGAAUGUUCAAGCAGUCUACCAGUUCCAAAUAUCAGGUGUUGAAGACAGUUUAUGGUACCUUGAUCUGAAAAAUGGAAAUGGAUCAGUUGGUAAAGGCAAACCAGAGGGUAAACCGGACUGCAAAAUUGCAAUGGACUUCAAGAGCCUUCUUGAUAUGUUGUCAGGAACAUGGAAACCAUCAGCUGCAUUUAUGACUGGAAAGGUUCGAGGAAACUUGCAAACUGCAAUGAAUUUAGAAAAGUUUAUCUCAACUUUAAAAUUGUAAAUCUCAAAAGACUCCCGUGAAAUUUACAUAAAUUUUUCAAUUACUCUAUACCAUUGCUCUGUGGAUUCUUUGAGUUUCUCUGCUAUGUUUGAAAACUCUUUUACGCUUCUUGUUUGUAAGUAUUAUAGAGAACUAAUUGUAUUUCUGCUUGAUUAAUUUUAUAAUGUAUAUACCCCAUAAACUCUAAGACAUAUAUACGAAGAGUGGAUUUUAUAUGAACUUUGCCAAUGUAUAAAUAAAGUUUUCAAAGUAUCAA